AAGCGCCCUCUGCUCGCCCCCCUCUGCAACGGGCUCAUCAACUCCUACGAGGACAAAAGCAACGACUUCGUCUGCCCCAUCUGCUUUGAUAUGAUUGAGGAAGCAUACAUGACGAAAUGUGGCCACAGCUUUUGCUACAAGUGUAUUCAUCAGAGUUUGGAGGACAAUAAUAGAUGUCCCAAGUGUAAUUAUGUUGUGGACAAUAUUGACCAUCUCUAUCCUAAUUUCUUGGUGAAUGAACUUAUUCUCAAACAGAAGCAAAGAUUUGAGGAAAAGAGGUUCAAAUUGGACCACUCAGUGAGUAGCACCAAUGGCCACAGGUGGCAGAUAUUUCAAGAUUUAUUGGGAACUGAUCAAGAUAACCUUGAUUUAGCCAAUGUCAAUCUCAUGUUGGAGUUACUAGUACAGAAGAAGAAACAACUGGAAGCACAACUGGAACAGAUCCAGAAGGAACUAAGUGUUUUGGAAGAGGAUAUUAAAAGAGUGGAAGAAAUGAGCGGCUUGUACUCUCCUGUGAGUGAAGACAGCACAGUGCCUCAGUUUGAAGCUCCUUCUCCAUCACACAGUAGUAUUAUUGAUUCCACAGAGUACAGCCAACCUCCAGGUUUCAGUGGCAGUUCUCAGACAAAGAAACAGCCCUGGUAUAACAGCACAUUAGCAUCAAGAAGAAAACGACUGACUGCUCAUUUUGAAGAUUUAGAGCAAUGUUAUUUUUCUACAAGGAUGUCUCGUAUCUCAGAUGACAGUCGAACUGCAAGUCAGUUGGAUGAGUUUCAGGAGUGCUUGUCCAAAUUUACUCGAUAUAAUUCAGUGCGACCUUUGGCCACGCUGUCAUAUGCUAGUGAUCUUUAUAAUGGUUCCAGCAUAGUCUCUAGUAUUGAAUUCGACCGGGAUUGUGACUAUUUUGCAAUUGCUGGGGUUACAAAGAAGAUUAAAGUCUAUGAAUAUGGCACAGUCAUCCAGGAUGCAGUAGAUAUUCAUUACCCUGAGAAUGAAAUGACCUGUAAUUCCAAAAUCAGCUGUAUCAGUUGGAGUAGUUACCAUAAGAACCUAUUAGCUAGCAGUGAUUAUGAAGGCACUGUUAUCCUAUGGGAUGGAUUCACAGGACAGAGGUCGAAGGUCUACCAGGAGCAUGAGAAGAGGUGUUGGAGUGUUGACUUUAAUUUGAUGGAUCCUAAACUUUUGGCUUCAGGUUCUGAUGAUGCAAAAGUGAAGCUGUGGUCUACCAACCUAGACAAUUCAGUGGCUAGCAUUGAGGCAAAGGCCAAUGUGUGCUGUGUUAAAUUCAGCCCUUCUUCCAGAUAUCACUUGGCUUUUGGCUGUGCAGAUCACUGUGUCCACUACUAUGAUCUUCGUAACACUAAACAGCCAAUCAUGGUAUUCAAGGGACACCGAAAAGCAGUGUCAUAUGCAAAGUUUGUGAGUGGUGAGGAAAUUGUCUCUGCCUCAACAGACAGCCAGCUAAAACUGUGGAAUGUAGGAAAGCCAUACUGUCUACGUUCCUUCAAGGGUCAUAUCAAUGAAAAAAACUUUGUAGGCCUUGCUUCCAAUGGAGAUUAUAUAGCUUGUGGAAGUGAGAACAACUCCCUGUACCUGUAUUAUAAAGGACUUUCUAAGACUUUGUUAACUUUUAAGUUUGAUACAGUUAAAAGUGUUCUGGAUAAAGACCGAAAAGAAGAUGAUACAAAUGAAUUUGUCAGUGCUGUGUGCUGGAGGGCACUACCAGAUGGGGAGUCCAAUGUGCUGAUUGCUGCUAACAGUCAGGGUACAAUAAAGGUGCUAGAGUUGGUAUGAAGGGUUUACUGAAAUCAAAUUGUGCUUGCUCCUGCUGAAACACAUCUGCAGCUGACAAUGAGAGAAGAAACAGAAAUAUUGUGUGCUAUCUCUCCCCAAAGUCAUCAUGGGUUUUGGAUUUGUUUUGAGUACUUUUUUCCUCCCCACCCCCCUUUCUGACCUCUGGACAUUGGGAAUACCCAACAGACUCUCCACCAUCAAUGUAACUCCAUGGACUUUGCUGCUGUUGGUGGUGUGGUUAUCUAAUUUUUGUGAUAGGGAAACAAAUUCUUUUGAAUAAAAAUAAACAAAAAAUAAUAAAAGUUUAUUGAGCCACAGCAGAGCUGGAAAAGUUCUUGUCAAACAUGAUGAAAGAUACUCUUCAAGAAGUGUCACACAUGGCCAAGGAAUUUAGCUCAGUGGUGCCACCUCCUGCUUUGCAAGCACAAGGUCCAGAG